AAAUUGUACGAACGUUACGUUUUUCUGAUAAGUGAACAUUUUGAACGUAUUUCACAACUUCACGACAUACCAAUCGUUUAAGUUUUAAAGCAAUAUUUUGUUGUUUGACCUCGUUACUUAGGUCUUUGCCACACGAUCUAAGUAACUAGUUCAUUGAUGUUUAACCGCAUCGUCGUCGUGAACUUCCUAGACGCGUUGUGGUUACAGUCGAAAUAGUUAUUUGUUUUAUCAUCGUGCGAACAGUUACGAUAAAGUUUCAAUACGGUUUCGGGAUUUUUGUCGAUCCGAUCGCGUUUCGAUUAGGUAGUACACAUUUUACGGACAUUGAGUUUCAUACGAAUUCACUGGAUUAGUAGUACCAUGGCAACCUGCGAUGUAUCCAUCCACUUGUCCGACAUCAUGACGCCUCAAUCGUUUUCCAGCUUAAUCACAACGCUUAUAAAAUAUUUGGUCUACGAAAAGCAACUCAUUCCUUAUCCGUACGACCGUUUGAAGUUAUACGUGCAAAAAUACAAAGAACUUAACUUUGAGCAGGAAAGCAAUCGCUGUAAUCUAAAAAACAAAUACAGGCUGGAAUCUGAGAAAUAUUAUAAGAAAGUUUCAGAUGCGAUAAUAAGUCUUGAGACGGUUUUUAAGUGCAUUGAAAAUGAAUUUCUUAGUCGUGUGGAAAAUCAUAUAGAAUCAGUGGUAAUAUUAAUUGGUUCAAGUGUACUUAAUCCUUUGACUGUAUUUAAUAUAAAUGUACCAGAAUUAAGUUAUUCACAUUCUGAAAAACAACAUUCUUCUAGGCAGCAUAUAGAUAAUGUAUUUAGGAAUAUAUUGAAUAAUGACAAGUUCAAUGAUAUAUUAACAUCAAAUAUAAUGGUUGAAACAAACUUGUAUGUGAUGUUCAAAGUAAAGAAGGGUGGAAAAAUGGCUACUAAUUGGUGUGUGCCUAAGGAGCAGUUUCGUUGUUUCCGAGGUAAACAAGUGGUUUUGAGAUUUGACCAACCGCACGAUGAGAUCAACGCGAAGAAAUAUGAAACAUGUUGCAUCAAAGAUUGCUUAAAUUUUGAAGUAUUUGUUGAUUUUGACAAUGAACCAAGUGUACAAACAUUGAAUAGUACAUUCACAAAUAGUGUCGUUGAUUGGUACUUAGGAAAACAUCAUAUAACAGGUUUUAAAAAUUAUAAAUACAACGGAAUUCCUAUAUCAGAUACUUGGUUGAAUCCUACUAUCAUUGAUCAUAUGGUAUCAUAAUUUAACCCAUGUAUAAUGAUAAGAAUUUGUUAGACAAUUUUAUUUUUUACAUAAUUAUACACUGAAAUUUGUCCAAUUAUGAAUCUAACUAUUAUUUUAAUUAUUUAUGAUAUUUUCUCUUUUUUUUUUUGUUUAUACUGAUUGUUUUUGUAAAUUCUGUUUAUAAAUAUCUAACGUAUGUACUAAAGUAUGUAAUUAUUGAAAAACAAUAUAAAUAUUUUUUCUUACAAGUACAAAAAUUAUUGACAAAUAUAACAAAAUUCCAAGAUAAUAUCAUUGUUAACAAAAUAUGUAUACAUAAAUUAACAAUUUUUAGUUUUUCUUUUUAAUAUUAUACUGCAUUAUUUAUUAUAUCUAUUAUGUAUCUUUUUUUAAAUAAAAUACUUGUCGACUAUU